CUGGUUAGUUGCGAGCUGUGCGAUGUGACGUUGCGUGGAUGAUAAAGCAGAAACUCAAUCACAUGUUGCUCGUUUCCCAGUGCCCUGGUCCUGUCAUCUCUCUGUGUGUGUGUGUGUGCAGAGUGUGCCUGGGCGGUGAGAGGGAGCUGAAGACCAGGGUCUGACUACACGCCGCUUCUUCCUCAGAAAGGAACACAUUGCGCUCAUCCUUCCUACUUGUCGGAUCUUUAUUUACCUCGGGAGUGAGUGAGUGAGCAAGUGAACCAGCCUUUCCACAUUCUAAGAUUCUAAACAUGGAAACGCUGGACAAGACUCUAAACGACUAUUUUGUUUCAUGGUUUGGGCCGAGGGAUCCCAGAGUUGAGGGUUUUUUCCUGCUCGAUACCUACCCCCCUACAUUUCUACUCAGCCUCCUGUACCUCUUUGUGGUUUGGGUUGGACCCAAGUACAUGCAGAAUAAGCCGCCCUUAACCUCCAGGGGAAUCCUCGUGGUCUAUAACAUUGGAUUAACUCUCCUGUCUUUAUACAUGUUCUGUGAGCUGGUGCGAGGUGUUUGGGACGGUGGAUACAGUAUCUUCUGUCAGGAUACCCAUAACGGUGGCGAUGCUGACCUCAAGAUUAUCCGUAUCCUAUGGUGGUACUACUUCUCCAAAGUCAUAGAGUUCAUGGACACAUUAUUCUUCAUUUUACGAAAGAACUACCAUCAGAUCACAAUUCUGCAUGUCUAUCACCACGCCACCAUGUUCAACAUCUGGUGGUUUGUCAUGAACUGGGUGCCCUGUGGACACUCUUUCUUCGGGGCCACCCUGAACAGUUUCAUCCAUGUGCUGAUGUACUCCUAUUACGGUCUUUCCGCCAUCCCAGCCAUGCGCCCGUAUCUGUGGUGGAAGAAGUACAUCACGCAAGGACAGUUGCUGCAGUUUGUUCUGACGAUAGUUCAGACUAGUUUUGGUGUUAUCUGGCCCUGUGGAUUUCCAAGUGGCUGGCUCUAUUUCCAGAUUGGCUACAUGAUAUCUCUGAUCAUCCUCUUUACAAACUUCUACAUCCAAACUUACAAGAAAAAGAGCGCGUCCAAAAGCAAAGACAUUCUAAACGGCUCGACGCUGGCCGUGAACGGGCAUGCAAAUGGCACGUCUCCACAGAAGGAGCACUUCCCAGCAAAGAAAACUCUUUAAGGCUCCAGGGCUAGCACUCCGCUUCGAUGGCACUCUUAAGAUUUUUGUGACGUUCUAAUGCAAUUUCAAAAGUUACCAAUGUGUUAACUAUAUCCAGUCCUGCGUUGCAUAGCUGUAGCGGCUAGGGACUUGGAACUGAAUAUUGUUGUGAUUAAUAGGGAACAUAAGUUUAGAGAAACCCCCUUGUCCAAAAAGUCUUAGAAAGAUAGAGAAAAAAAAUCCGUAACAGCUCGAUAUAAUUUUAAAAGUGGUAGAUUACUUCCUGAACUAGAGCAAUGGAUCCCAGUGUGAAUCGGGUAAAACGUGGUUAAUUUUAGUUUACAACACUCUUGUUGCCUUACUGCUUAUUUGUGUGUUAGGAAUUGUCUUGUGUUUACCUUAAUCUUAAACCAUAUUUAUAUGUACGUUGGCACAGGGUGUUGUCCCAUAUGCCUUAGCUCGAUCUACAGUACUAAUGCAAAACAAUUAUUAGGUAUAACCGUUUCACGAAUGCCACAACCCCGUGGUUAGUAAAUACACAUGGAGGUUUUGAUAAGGUGGGAUUUGGAUGUGUUGGCACAGAAAUGAUUGAAUGCUUGUUAGGUGCGUUUAUACAGUCAAUUCCCCAUCCAUGCAAGUGACCACCAAUCAAAACUUGCUCGGGCUGCCCACCCUUUUUCUUUACCGAUUGCGUCCACUUUGACUGAGUCGAUUGGUCGAGGUUAUCACGUAAAUU